GCCAGAUAUAGCAGCCAAGUGCCAACUGGUUUCUUUGCCACGAAUGUUCUGUCAGAGUGGCAUGCUGGGCUAUCUCAACAACAUGCGAUUGUCCGCUGCAUGACAAGCAGAGCGCCGUCCGUUUGACUUUGUUUGAAGUCUCAAGGCAUGCCAUCAUGGUUUUUUGUGCUCAAAUGUUACGAUGACUACUCUUGUAUGUGAAGAGCCGUUCUCAGCAGCCAUCGAAUCGUCCUUGUUAACAAAUGUGUGUCACGGGUGCUUCAAAUGUUCUACUCACCGCAAACUGAAGAGUUGUUCUCGGUGUUCGACCGUGCACUACUGUUCUGUUAAAUGCCAAAAGAAAGACUGGCCUGAUCACUCGGCGGAAUGUCGCUGUUUGAAGAGCUACUCACCACGCGUACCAAGUUGUUUUGCCCGUCUUUUGGCCCGUUUUUAUUGGAAAUGGUCCACACAAGGAAGCUCGGUUGUGUCAUUCAAUGCUAGACGAUGUUGCGAUUUGAUGGACAACUGUGAGAAGCUGAUCGAGUCGACGAAGCAUGUGGAGUACUUUUCGUCGCUCUUUAAAAUCCUGGUCGAUUAUAUGCGCGGGACUGAUAUCGUUAGUGAUAAAAAAGAGAUGUUCUCGGCUUACGGAAAGAUCGUCACUAACGCUUUUGCAAUCACUGACGCUACUUCUAGAACUCUAGGAACAGGACUUUAUCUUGGCAUCUCUGCUCAGGAUCACUCCUGUACACCCGAUGUUUUCGUACUAUUUGAAGGCGCGACUGCUGUCAUGCGUUCGCCAGAAGAAGGAAAAAGAUACGAUCGCAGUCUUACGAUAUCAUAUGUUGAUAUCAUGGAACUCACGCAGGAAAGGAACAAAAUCUUGCAUGAUCAGUUUUGUUUUCAAUGCUUCUGUUCUUCCUGCAUUUCUAAGGAAGAGGAUAGUUGGAAAUUAUCGAUCAAUACGUUUUGCUGUAAAGGUGGAUUCUGCCUGGUGGACCCAAGUAAUGAGUGGCACCCAGUAUGUAUCCUCUGCGAAAAACAAGUGCCUAUCAGCUUGAAAGAGGCCAUGGACUUAAAUGCAAAUGCUGAAGUCGAACUGAACAAUAAGUCGCCAUUUGGCACAGCAUCAGAAAAUGAACUUUUGGAACAUUGGCUCGAAGUGUUUGAAAAAUUUGUCAAGGUGCUGUCGCCAUUCAAUACAUAUCUCGUUGGCAUAGCUCAAAAAUUUCUAUCUGCUGCAGAAUGCGUUAAUCGAGUGGACCUUCUUUGCAAGUAUGCUGACUUCGGUCUAGCAGCAUACAGAAAAUAUCUUCCUCGGGGACAUCCGGAAUUAACACAGCGGUUGCGAACGGCUUUUUUAAGAAAAAUGCAGUAUUGCCCGGCUACAGAAUUUCGUUCUCUACUUGUCGAGGCUCACGGAAGCGCCAUUCUUAGUCAUGGGGAGGAUCACUCCAUCACAAGGGAGUUGUCAUCUCACCUCACUCUUGUUCAAUAGUACCACAUAGAAGUUGUCAUCAUUAUUGAGUUAAGUUCAAAUAAUUGGUUCCAUAUGACCAUACUGCAUCAGACGUUUAUUAUCAAUUUACUCUUCAAGUGAUAUCCAGGUUUUCUGGUGUUAUAACAGCGUUGUAUUGUACUCAUAAAUGUACUUGUAACAAAUCAUUGUACUCCAUCGUUACUCGAAGUAUUUUAUGCCCUCGUUCUGCUUAUUCAUCUGAUACACU